CAUUCAUACGGUUAAUCUCCAAUUAUAAUGUCCUAAAGAAAAUCCAAUUUAUAAAAUUACAAAUUUACAAUAAAAAUUCCUUGUCCAAAUUCUUCUUCUGAAUACUGUACAGAAAUCAGAAAAUCCGGCCAAUCUGGUUGGAUCAAGAUCGCGGUGCAGCAGCGCCGUCGCCAUUACAUCCCCUCUUCGAUCUUUCAAACAAUACAAAUCAUCAAACCCAGCAAAACCCACUUCCAUUUCCUCGAUUUCGAGUUCUUGAGACCCAAUUUCAGUCGAAGAUUUUCGAGUCCCCACCAUUUCUGAGCGAUGAAUUUACGAUCGAGGAGAGUGGCUGCGGCGGCGUAGAAUAGUUGCAAAGGAAAAUGGAAGAGCUGCCGGGGGCAUUGGGCACAAGCGCAAGCUUGGCCCUCCGUCUUGGUCAAUCGAUCUUUGCCUCGGCUUCUCUCUUCUUCAUGUGUCUCGAAAUUGAGUUCUAUAGCUAUACGGCUUUCUGCUAUCUGGUGACAGUCAUGGGUUUGAUGGUUCCUUGGAGUCUAACAUUGGCAGUAGUAGAUGGAUAUUCUGUUUUUGUUAGGCAUUUACCUCCUCAAACAAGAGUAACGUCGAUCAUCGUCACCGGAGAUUGGGUUCUAUCAUUUCUCUCCUUGGGUGCUGCUUGCUCGACAGCCAGUGUCGCUGAUAUCUUACUCGAAGCUGGGAUUUCGUAUUGUUCUGCAAAGCUUUGCAGUAGAUAUCGGCUUUCUGCAGCAAUGGCAUUCUUGUCAUGGUUUCUUUCUUUGAUUUCUUCCCUCUUCAAUCUCUGGCUUCUUCCUUCUUUGUAGAGCCUUAUCUUGUUAAUGUCAUUUUUGGAGAAUUGUAUAUGCAGAAAAUAAAAAAUAAUAAAAUGAUAAAUAAUAAAACCUGUUAAAUAUCAAUCUUGGUUUAUAGGAUCUGAUCUUGUUCAGUGACACUGUUGCAUAAAUUUGUCCAAUUCUUGAAAAUUGGAUUCGAUAAUUGUAAAAAGAUUCUGUUUCAAUAA